UCUAGGACGAAGCAGACCGUCUUUUUCUCACUCUCCUACUUUCGUUGCCGAAAACAAUCAUCAAAAUGUCUGACGGCCCAGAUAUGGAGAAUCGUGACCCUAACAGCAUCAAUGACCAUCUUCAGGUCACCUUCGAAGACGUCUUCGCCGAGCCCGACCACGCCCACAGUCUCGACUGCGUGUGGAGGAACUCCUACAAGUGCUUCAACUGCACCAAGAACUGCUGCUACCUCGCCCUCACUACCCUCUGCAGUAUCUUCGUAGCCUUCUGCUGGGCCUGCGAGUUUGCCACUCUGACUUUCUACCACGUCUGGUACGUCACACCAUGUUUCAAGGUCUGCGAGGUCGAACUCGGCUGCUGCAAGAAAUUCUACUCACUCUGCAUGCGAUGCGCUUUGGAUCCUCUUUGUGAAGCAUGCGGUUUAUUAUUUAGUGCCUUCAAGAAAUAAACUCAGGAACUGCCAACAGGACAGCUUUAAAGAACAAAAUGCCAUUUACCAUUAUGAUAACGCUACGACACCAUGUUUUUGAAAACAUUGGACUCAAUUUUCCAUUGAUCUCUUCAAUUUUUUAAUUCUGUAGUCAUCGUAAUUGCGACAAUCUUGUCACGUUUUCUGCAAUUUGUAAAAGUGCAGGACUGUGAGAGUAGUGAAUUUGUAACUGUUUUUGGAACACGUGCUCUUGUCAUGCGCAAUGAAAUGCGCCGAGUUUUAAUGAUACCGGAUUAGUAGACUGGGGUGAAUGAUGCCAAGAAAAGCAGAAAUCUCCAGCCAUUUCGGAUGUCAAUAAGUUACCGUCGAUCUUGCGAUAUUUAAAUAAACCCAUCGGAGAAAUAAUGACCAAUUCUUUGCUGACGACGACUGCAUCACAUCAUGAUGUGAUUGUUAAAAGCAAGAGUGAUUUAUAUCCCAACUUGAAUAAUUUAUAACUAAUGAAAUAAAUUAUUUAUUGUCAACAAAA